CUGACAAUUACCGGACUUGGAGGGCACCUGGGCAACCCCCACUCCCCGUCCUCCCCUCUUCCUUGACUUGUUUGCUUCUGCUUCUCUAUUAUUCUCUGCUCUCUACUCUCUGCUCUGCUUCUUUGCUUCUCUACUGCCUCUCCAUAUUCUCCUUUCUCUUCCUCUCUCCUAUCGAGUGCGGCGCGGCUCUUAUCGGAUUGGCGAAAAGUUCACGGGAAGAGAUUUGCCUCGCCUCCCACGUAAUCGAUCUGCCCGUUGCUCACUUCGGCUUCAAUCGUCAAUUCUUUGCUUUGCGACUCUCGGCAUUCGGUUCGCGAUCCUGAUUCUUACCAGGCUUUCACUGUGAGGGGCAUGUGUCCCGCAUUCUGAGUUGGUGCAGACUAUGACGUCUGAGAUGACUUCCAACUCUAACUCAGAAUUCCAACCCACUCAAAGUCCCGCCAAGAUGUCCGGGCAGGCCCCGGAGCCCGGUGACGCCGAUGCCAAGUCCAAAGUCCAGCCCAGCCAGGUCCGUUUCUCGUCCAUCACGGAGGAGAUUGAACCAUCGCAGGCACUCUCUCCGGAACCAGAACCUCAACACUCGCAGCCACUGAAGCAGCAAUCAGACGAAGAGGCGUUACGGUCGCUGGCUAUGAGUUUGCAGAGCUCGCAUCUGCAGAGCUCACAGCUUCAGGAGGCCCGUCUACGGAACUUCUCUUUCGACCCCAUGUCUCUUCCUUCCUCCAGGGUCGCCUCUCGCGAGUCGAGUGAUCGGAGUGGGCAUGGAACUAGCUCUUUUGCCUCUCCUCAUGCAUCUCCCCCCGUUUCCGCCGUACAGUCCCCUCCUCUUACGCCAGCUGCAACUCGUUCACGUGAAGGCAGAGCGGAGGGUUCCUCCCUAAAAGCUCACAGCCGGCCUCAUGUCCAAACUGAGUUCACCCCAGAUGCCUCACCCCCAGUUACUUCAGCCGAUAAGCACGACAUUCCCCGAUCCUCAACCUCCCGACCCUCAUCCACCGAUCAGUUGCCCAACAGACACAGUGAGGCCUCUGAUCGAAGCUCUCACGUCGUGCAACUCCCCAAGCACCGUGCACAGUUCUUCAUCGGAAACGAUACUAGUUCGCAAGAAGAAAGCCCACCUGCGACUCCAAGAGAGUCUCUGACUCCACCCGGGGCUAUGACCCCAGUAGGCGAACCCAAUGACCCUUACGCACGCAACAAGCGCCCACCUCAGUCGAAAAAUCUCGCUCAGCUGGAUCCUAGGUUCAUCUUUAGCAGUCGGGACGCGAAGCGGUCAUUCCGCCCGGGAAACCCCCGAUCAGCCAGCGCCAGUGACCUCAGCAAGCCCAGUGACAAGCGGAGUAUAUUUGGUGGCAAGAAGGACCAAGGCAAUGACAAGCACCAGAGUCAUCAUCAUCAUGGCUCCAUGUCUGAAUUGAAGCGAUUCUUCAAAAUGGGUCACCGCCACAAGCGGGCUGAAUCUCCAACAUCAAUGCCGAAAAAGUCGAGCCGAGGGUCUGGAAAGAACACCCCAUACCAAAUGGCCCCUGACAAUGUUCCAUUUGCCGAUGAUCACGGAUUGAACUCCAAGUAUGGCAAAAUGGGCAGGGUGCUCGGGUCUGGAGCUGGCGGCUCGGUGCGUCUCUUAAAGCGGAACAGUGACGGUGUCACCUUCGCCGUGAAGCAAUUCCGAGAUCGUCACAACUGGGAGAGCUUGAAGGAGUAUUCCAAGAAGGUUACCGCGGAGUUCUGUAUUGGUUCUACUCUGCAUCACGGCAAUAUCAUCGAGACACUGGAUAUCAUCCAGGAAGGGAAUCACUGGUAUGAGGUGAUGGAAUAUGCUCCAUUUGAUCUCUUUGCCAUCGUCAUGACGGGAAAGAUGGGCAAAGAGGAGAUUGCUUGCUCUUUCAAACAGAUUUUGAGCGGCGUGGCUUAUUUGCACGGCAUGGGUCUCGCUCAUCGGGACCUGAAGCUGGAUAACGUGGUGGUCAAUGAUCGAGGCAUCAUGAAGCUCAUUGACUUUGGAAGUGCCGUUGUCUUCCGUUAUCCCUUCGAGAACGACAUCGUUCCCGCUUCAGGAAUUGUCGGCUCGGACCCAUAUCUUGCCCCCGAGGUGUACGACGAAAAGAAAUAUGACCCCCGUCCAACGGAUGUUUGGUCGCUGGCGAUCAUCUUCUGCUGCAUGACCCUACGGCGCUUUCCAUGGAAGCAACCACGCACCACGGACAACUCCUACAAGUUGUUUGUUUCCAGUCCCACUCCAGGCACACCGGUUCCCGAGUCGAAUCCAAACCGUCGGUUCAAGUCGACCCCCGAUCUACCAUGCCAAGGCCAGGAGAAACGUCAGGCUGAUCGCUCGAGCGGUUCCUCUGAACCCGCCAAAACCAAGGACCAGUCUACACCGGAAGAAAACAGAAACGGUACCGGACACGGGGAUGGUGAUCGCUCGCCUGAUACUGCUCAAAAGCAAACCAGUCAGACUAGCACUACUGCCCAUGAUCGGCCUACCCGCACGACGAGCAAAGAGGCACCGCCCGUUCAACCACCCUCCCAGUCCUCUGGUCAGCGCCAGGAAGUCAUCAAGGGACCGUGGCGCCUUCUUCGCAUCUUGCCGCGGGAAAGCAGGUACAUUAUUGGUCGCAUGCUGAAGACCAACCCUAACCAGCGAGCCACACUGGACGAGGUCAUGAGUGAUGACUGGGUCAGAGACAUCCAUGCCUGUCGGCAGGAAUGCUCUGGCGAGAUCAUCAACGACCCCGGCCACACCCAUGUCUUGGAGCCCCCGUCGCAGAGUCCCGCCGUGGCCAGCAAAAGCACCAAGGCCAAAUAAUACCCCUUGCUCUGUAUGAAUUCUGUGCCCAUAAUUUCCGACCCUUUGAAUCUGGGAUGGUUUUUUCUUUGUUUCCAUCCCCUCGUUCUGAUUCCCUCUUGAAUACUGUAGAUGAUAGUCGCUUUUUCUCUCACUCCCCAUGCUUCUUUUCUGAGUCAAUAUUCCUGAAAUGCAUUCUUUGUGGCAAUCUAUCGCAGUCCCUGUUUUUUCUUUAAUCAACUG